AUGAAAAGUUCGAGUGCCGGUUUAGGAUGUAGCGUCUCAGGUGGUGUUCUGGCUCUGUUCCAGCCGAGCUCGCCGUCUGCGUCGCUGUCGAGUGAUUCCGUUACGCCGCCGGCUUCGGUGGACGGAGACGCAGACUUCGUUAGCUCUAUCAACACAAGUGGUACUCAAAGCUUGGAGGGGUCCGAUUUGACCGGUUCUAGUUCGCCUGUUCCGAGUUUGCCGCGGGUUCCAGCAAAGCCCCGAUUCGGGUUCUUCCCCAGACCGACGGUGUCUGAUCUGAACUUAUCCGAGCUGAGGCUGUCAGACCAAGAGGAUUCCCUGGGGCCCGUAGGGAGCGGCGCGGCCACAGGCACAGGCUCGCUCACAAGCACAGGGUCGCGAUCAAACGAGAACAUGCAAGUGGACUCGUGUGAUGACGACGUCAGUUUGUUCGAGAUAGAAUCCGACGACUGGAGAGAGAGGGAGCGGCCCCCUAGACAGCCGUCCCCGACGCCGUCCAGCUUAAGCGAGUCAGAGUUGUCGCAAGUUUCUCUUCCCGCAACCCAUCGAUUCGGCAUCUACGUCGAACCAGUGCAGCGUGGCUCUGAUGCUUAUCCAGGAUCCAGGCGUAAGCGGCCUGCAUCCUGGGGCAGUAGUACUUGGGGCGGCGGUAGCCAUCGUUCACACGCGGACUCCGAGGUGCUACCUGGACCCCAACCCAGCUUCGAUGAGGACAGGUCCAAUAGAAACAGCCAACCACUGGCUUUUGGGCGCGACGCCCCCUCCGUAUCGAUUUUACAUGAAUUCCUGGAGCGGCAGCAGCCAGAGCCACUCUCGCCCCUACAAUUACAGGAGUGGGCUGCCGCGUGCGACCCAGUUACCGGGGAAGGUUUCUCACUCGAAAUGGCUCAGUGUAUAGCUGUAACCGCGGCGACAAUGAACACCCUCCCACCUGCUGAAACCUGCUUAUGGUUCCUCACACACGUGCCCGUUGACGACAUCGACAGAUACAAAGCUGUGGCCGAGUUCCUUCACGGAGUCGUCUUUCCCCCCGGCGAGACGACGAAAAUCAGCUUGUCAGAGAUCAACUUGUCAGAGAUGGAAACGAUGCCUCAGCCACUCAACGCUAAACAGAUGAAAGGGCCACAACCGUUCGAUUCCACGCAACUGAGGUGCUGGGCCUCCACCUGCCACCCGGUCAGACGUCAGGGUUUCAACCUACAAACGGCUCAGCGCAUGGCUGCAACCGUUGCGUUGAUGCGCAAGCGCGAUGGCAUGCCCCCCUGUGACACCUACAAGUGGAUUAUGUCCCACGUCCCCAUUGACGACAUUGAGAGGUACAAAAUCGUGGCCAACUUCGUUCACAUAAUCGUGUUUGGUCCCAAAACAUCGUCGGCGACGGAAACAUCGUCGGCGAUUGAAGCAUCGUCGGGGAUGGGAACAUCGUCGGGGAUGGGAACAUCGUCGGGUAUGGGAAUACCGUCGGCGAUGGAUCCGUCGGAGCCAGUCGGCUCUGGGCAGACGAAAGAACUGAAGCGGCUCAGUUCCCAGCAGAUCAAGAUCUGGGCGAGCACGUGCGACCCGGUCAGUCGAGAAGGUUUCACCGAUGACGUAGAGGAGGGCAUCACCGCAACAAUCGCGCCGAUGCAGCAGUCCUGGUGUCCGACAGAUGUGUACAGGUGGCUCAUCAAACACGUGCCGGUUGAGGACAUCGAUCGGUACAAAGCCGCAGCAGAGUUCCUCCACAGAAUCGUCUAUGGCCCGGAAACAUCACCGCCGGUCGCCUCCACUAGUUUCGCCACGACCCCAGAGAUAGUGCCGUUGGACACGCACGAGCUGAGGGGCUGGGGAAGGACGUGCGACCCGAGUCGAGGUUUCUCCCGCGAAAUAGCACUCCGUAUUGCGGCUACGGUUGGCUUGAUGCGGAGCAACAAGCAGCCGGAAGAAAUCUACUCCUGGCUACUCCAGUUCGUGCCUAAAGAUGACGGGGACAGAACAACGAUUAUUUGCGACUUCCUUCACAAGGUCGUGUUCGGCAGAAAACAGCACGAAACUUUCGAGCCACUCGACUCCCAGCAAAUCAAGUCCUGGGCAAGGGCCUGCGACCUGGCCACGGGUCGAGGCUUCUCACGCCCCGUUACCGAACGCAUCAGUCUAACUAUCAAAUCCAUGCGCGGCACCCUGGCCUCCGCCCAAAUCUAUAGGUGGCUCAUGAAACACGUGCCCACUGACAACAUCAAUCGCUACACAACCGUCGCCACAUUUCUUCACGAUGUCGUUUACGGCCCUGAAAGAGUCGACAGCCAACCCAGCUACAUACCUCCUGUGUCUAACUAG